GCGAAAUCGAGUGUUAUUUAUGGAAAAUCAGCGGAUACACAGCUGUAAAUUCGUGGAUAUUUAGGUCGUUUGGCUGAAUUGGGUCAAAUGGAUGACAAUCUCCAGCCUCCUAAGGCUGCUGUUAACAAAGCAGCCUCCUCGUCAACAUACACACCAGCUAAAACUCAGAUCGAGGUGAUUCCUUGUAAGAUAUGUGGAGACAAGUCAUCAGGUGUUCACUAUGGAGUCAUCACAUGCGAAGGAUGCAAAGGAUUCUUCAGGCGUUCACAGUCUGGUCCAGUGAACUACCAAUGUCCCCGCAACAAACAGUGUGUGAUUGACCGAGUCAAUCGUAACAGAUGUCAGUAUUGCAGACUGCAGAAAUGUCUGGCUCUCGGCAUGUCUCGGGAUGCGGUGAAGUUUGGCCGAAUGUCGAAGAAACAGCGUGAGAAAGUGGAGGGUGAGGCCCAGCUCAUCAAGGCCGGGGUCCAGCCAGGUGUUAACGGGUACGCGCACACCGAGCUCCCUUCCCCAAAUAACAACUCCCAUUUCACUUACAACACAGAUAACUACGUGUACUCCCCGAACGGUUAUGUUUACGGAGCAGGAGAGAGCACAAGUCCCGUCAGUCCACCUGCUAAUGCCUACAGUCCAACAGCCACUCCCCCCACGCCAGUGGUACUGAGAACUGUUGAUUUACUGGACAAUGUGGCAUUUGGGAAAGCAAUUUUAGAGGCUCAUCAAAGGACCAGCCCUUAUAGUGUAGAAACCAUCGCUCAACUGAAGGCCACCCCUGUCAGCUCUGAACUUAUAACCCUCUACCAAAAUAUGACUCACAGACAGGUAUGGGCCGAGGUUGCCGAUAAACUCACAUUUGCUGUACAGCAGAUUAUAGAGUUUGCCAAAAUGGUUCCCGGUUUCAUGGAUCUCUCACAGGAUGAUCAAAUUAUGCUGCUAAAAGCAGGAAGUUUCGAGCUGGCCUUACUUCGAUGUACAACGGCAUAUGACGGUACCACUGACAGUGUCAUAUUUGGGGAUAGAUUUGUUCCAUUAAAAGCCUUCUCAAACUUAACCGAGGAAGAAGUAUUACUGCAGAACCAGAUAUUUGACCUGGUGAAGACGAUACAACAUAUUAGCCUCACAGAGGGCGAGAUUGCCCUGUUCAGUGCAACACUUCUCGUACGACCAGAUCGACCUGGUUUAAAAGACUUAACAGACAUACAGAAGUUGUAUGAAAAAAUCACCUCAGCCCUAAAACUGGAACUUGGUAAAAACAAUCGUGAAGAUGAGAAUAUGAUUACCAAGCUUAACCAAAUAACUUGGAUUGUUCGGAACUUGAACACCCAACACAUUAACGUGCUUAAUAAGUUUAAACAAGCGGAGCCGGACGUGGAAUUCCCUGCUCUUCAUAAAGAGCUCUUCAGUGUUGAAGGGCAGGAUAACUCUUGAAGUAUUAAGUCAAAGAGUGACCUCCCUUUGAGUACUCUGGAAAACAUUGAGAGUAACCUCCCUUGAGUACUGUAUGAUUGGGAAAACAUGGAUUGAGAAGGGUUCGAUGACUAAAAAAACAAGGGUGAUAAACAACCCUGAACAUUGAAAUUGAGAAAUAGUAUAAAUAUUGAGGGAAAAUACUUGUUUUCCUUUUUAUAAAUGAAGGAAUAUGUGUAGUUUGGGUUGCAUUAGAGAUCCGACUGGAUCCGUGGAAGGUUGUUGUUGGAAUUAUCAGAGUGUGAAUUUUAUUUAGGCCCCAAGCUUACUAAAAGGCUGCUUUUUAUUUGUGAAACUCUUUAUUAGGUUUAAGCGUGACAUUCCUGAUUAGGUUAUAUUGCCUUAAACAAUAAGGAAAUCUUUUUUCUAUGGACUGUUAUUAAGUGAACUACUAUCAAUAUAACUGAUAAGAAGUCAAUGAAAUAUUACUCCCUCGAUUUUUUUGAAUACAGGAAACACUUCAAAUGAUAUACCACUUUAUAAAAUCUUAAUCUAGUUGAAACACCUGCUUUUAUGAUAGACUAAAUGUUAACUUUAACAAUCUUAUGAUACAUAGUGGGCUGGUUCAGAACGUUGCUCAUAUUAAGAACAAUGUUAAAGAUGAUCAUAGUUAACUUUCAAAUCUUAACUUCUCAUUAAGUUUCAUGGACAUGUUUAUGAUCUACAGUAGUUCUUACACAUGUUAAGACAACUGUUUCAGCUCUGUUUGUUUUAUUCAAAUAUAGUAGCACAUAAACUAUUUCACAUUUAAAAGAUUACUGUGAUUACAUAGUUCUGAAUGAUCAGCCCAGUGACCAUAAAGAAGUAACCAAUAAUUCAUGACCCAUUUUAUCAAUGGGAUAACUGAUCACCAGGAAGAAAAAUGAUUAACUUUUAAGUUUAAUGAUAACUAUUGUGCACUUAAUAAAUUAUUUGAAAGCAUGUAAUUAUUAUCGAAGAAAAUCAAAUAAUUGCUGGAUCUCUUGCCUAAAGGUGAAAUGAAAUGGUCUGUGACUAACAUGUACUCUUUUAUUAUUGGGAAAACUCUUGCAUACAAACAAACUAUUUUUGUAAACUUAGAAAAUAGAAAUGUCAAGGAGUGAGAAAAUAGAAAUGUCAAGGAGUGAGAAAAUAGAAAUGUCAAGGAGUGAGAAAAUAGAAAUGUCAAGGAGUGUCACUUUAAUAAUAGGUAUUUGGUGCAGGUUUUGGGUCUGUUUUUACACAUUUAUGAUUGAUUGUGAUAUCGAGUUCAGUUGUUAUAUUAGGAACAUGAUAUUUGGUUCAGUAUGGGCCCCAGGCCACAAUAAAUAAAUUGUUUGUUUUUUUUCAUUCCUGAUAGACUCCCAAAAAUUACAUGUAACCAGAUUAUUUUUAGCAUAUUUUUUCGUUUUUCAUAGUGAUAUUUUUUCUUCUUCUGUAUUAAAAAAACAAACAAACAAAAAAUACGUAAACUUUGUUGGAAGGGAAAGGUGAAUUAAUUUUUAAUUUAAGGUCAGUGACAAGGGAAUCUUGUAUGUUCAUUAGAUAAAAUUCCAUAAUUAUUUGUGGUUUUAAAUUUGGCAUUAGUUUUUAAACCAGUCUUUUAAUUUGUACAUACAUAAAUAUAUAUACAUAUAUUUGAUUAGAGAGAGAGGAAGAGAAAAUUAUUAAUAUCAUGUGCUAAUUAUGAAAUGUUUGAAUUAUAAACUUCAUGUAAAAUUUUCUGUUUUUUGUGAAGUAUUUUUUAAUCUUAAAAGAAACCAUUUUAAUCUGCCUCAAGUAUACACUGUAUUAAUGCUUUCUUAUUACAAGAUAAAUGAUUUAACUAGACUGAGUAAAAGGAUUUUCAUGUAUAUACAUAAAUUUAUAGAAUACUACUACCUUUCUGAGUUGGUAUUUAUAAAACAUCUAAUUUCCUAACUUAAAUUGAUUUCUAAAGUUAAGUAUUUCCCUGGUCAUAUGAUAUACAUGUAAAAACUGAAUCUUUGCUUAAUAUGACUUCGAUAUUUUUAGAAAAUCUACCUUAAUUAAGAAAUUACUGAAGAAAUUUUAUUAAUAUCACCUAAAAUCAAAGAAAAACAUUGAACUACAUAAUAACUACAAAUCUGUACCCUCGUCAUGUAUUUUGGUAGGAACUGUUUUUUUCAAUGCUGUCAUUUAGUCCCAGUCAUAUAAUGCAACUAAAACCAGUCCUGUUAUAUAGUUAUUUUAGUAGUAUUUUAUACAUUGGUAAACUCACAAGUGUGAUUUAAAAUUACUACUGAAAAUAUCUUAGGGUAUGUACAGAACAUGUGGCUUGAAAAGUAUUGGUAAAUUUUUAGUGAAAAUAAUAGAAACAUGUAGAAAAAGUGUAUUUGAAUGUGUGGAAUAGAAAUCUGAUGUCUAGUACUAGUAUAUGUCAGGGAAUCAAUUCAGGGGAUCUGCUUUUAUUGUUGAUUAGUUGGUUUAGAUAGUAACAGGUGCUUAGUUAAGUAUAUUAUUUACGAUAUAAAUUCAUUAACUAGUAUGCACAUUAUCUUGUGACUUGAACAGCUUACUAACAGAUACAUUUUCUGAAUUUGGUAUUAUUUGAUGGUUAUUGCACCCACAAGAUCAGUGUCUGGAAUAAUACAGUAGUGCGAAGGGAGAGUUGUAUGAUUUCAAGCACUAGAUCAGUGGGUGACGUUAUUAACGGCCUUGUACUGUUGUCAAGACAAUGUUUCAAUAACUAGCGUACUUAUAAGUGAAUACUGCUGUAAUUUAUUUGCUCGCUAGUAAUUAAACAGUAAAAGUCCUGUCUACUGGUUGUUCGGUUCAGAAAUGAGAACAAAACACAAAUUUACACAACUUUUGGCAAUUUUGUUCGACUAUCAUUGUGUACAGUAGUGGUUGUUUUUUCUGUAUACACAUGAAGCCAGCAGGUGCCAUAGGAAUGCUUUUCGCAUUUUUUGGAGUUAUAAUGUUAACAUAUUCAUUGUUCAUGUCUUAGAAUAAAAAAAUGGUAUAAAACUAUAUUUUACAUGACAACCCACACACUCUUUGAAGCUGGAUUAUAAAGCAUGUAUAUCGGACUUGUUACUAUCAAAUCUAACUGUUUGUAUCUAUAAAAUAUUGGCGUGAGAUGCUUUUAUGAAUGUUUAUCUGCAAUGGCGUAAGUCUGAUAUAAAGGUUGUUAGGUCAUUUAAAAAAACAUGUAAUUUUGUUCUUUACAUUAGUAUUUUGUUUUAACUUGAAAUUCUUAAUCCAGAUAAAAUUUUAAAACUGAAAUAAUUUUGUAAGUUCAGGGGCUGUAUUCAUGAAUUAAGUGGAAAAUUAACUGAUUGUACAAGAAAAUAUUAAUUAAACGCCCUAAAUGAAAUUUAAAUGCAAGUAUUUGAUGAAAGAAUUGAAGGGGUUUUAAAAAAUAAAUUGCCAAAAUUAGGAAAAUUACACUAGUUCCUUUUUACACUAAGAUAAAGAAUACAGCCCCUGGCCUCUAGCUCAGGUUUAAGGGUUUUCAUUGAUCCCAAUUUGAACGCCUGCAAGUGUAAGAUAGAAAAAGCAGGCGCAAUGCUUUUCUGACUUGUAAUAACAAAAGGUAACAGUACUUUUCAUAACUAUGAACAUAAUCAGAGACUGCUUUUUUCAAUUUCCCUCUAAAUUGUAGCUAGGUUUCAUAUAUGUAGGAUUUUAAUCAGAGAAUUAAAAAAAAUAUGACAAAACUUAAAAUGUCAAUAUUAUUUUGUUAGUUAGUCCUUGUAUUGUAUGUUAUAUGGAAGCUAAGAAAUAGUGUAUUUUUAAUGGUCUCUACAUUUUGUUUAACUGUUUAAGUAGCUUUUUCAUAUUAGAAUGUUUCAUGUAUUCAUAACAAGGUUAAGGUCAUGUCUCAUAAAUAAGUCCUUAUUUAAAGGCAUGAUUUGUAUUUUGUUGGGACUGGUACCGUGUGAAAUAUACUGCAGCAACACGUUAAUGCAUCUUAAAUGUUUACCGGUGAGGAACAAGUUUUGUUGACCAGUGUUCUGCAGUGUUUUUACUUAAGAUUGUGGUUGUAAAACACUACUUGUACAUGUAUGUAUAGCUGCCUUGAUCUGUAUAACACUACUAGUAUAUAUGUGGGCAACUUUUUAGCUGAAAAACACUAUUAUAUAUAUAUGUGGACUGCUUUUGAACGGAAAAAACCCUACAUGUAUAUAUACAUGUGGACUAUUUUCUUACUGGAAAACACUUCUUGUCUACAUGGACUACUUUUUAAUUGAAAAGCACUACUUGUAUACAUACAUGUGGACUACUUUUUAAUUGAAAAGCACUACUUGUAUACAUACAUGUGGACUACUUUUUAAUUGAAAAGCACUACUUGUAUACAUACAUGUGGACUACUUUUUAAUUGAAAAGCACUACUUGUAUACAUACAUGUGAACUCCUUUUUAAUUGAAAAACACUACUUGUAUAUAUACAUGAUGAGUACUUUCGUACUGAAAAAACACUGCUUGUAUACAUACAUUUGUACUAUUCAUGAGCUGAAAAACGCUACUUAAUAUGUGUACAUAUGGACUUGGUCUGACUAUUUCUGAGCUCAAAAAGACUAUUUGUAUUAUGUACACUACUUUAAAGCAGAAAUACAAUGUAUCAAACAAUGCAUAAUAUUUUAACUGGAAAAAACCAUAACCAGUAUGUGUUUAUGUGCACUUCUUAUGAGCAGAAACUCUACUUUUACCUGUACAUGAAUACUACUGUGACAUCAAGUAUUAUUAUGUGUAAAAUUUCAACUAUCUAACAUGUUCAAAGUUUUGAAUAUAAGCUAUACAUCACUCACAUUUGUAUUCUCUUGAGAACUGAUUUAAUAUGUAAGAUUUUCAUAUGACUGAAACAGCUGUUCAUAGGAAGCUGCACUCUGAUAUACUUCGUAUACUACCGUCUUGUGCAUGUCUACUCGUCUUGUGCAUGUCUACUCGUCUUGUGCAUGUCUACUCGUCUUGUGCAUGUCUACUCGUCUUGUGCAUGUCUACUCGUCUUGUGCAUGUCUACUCGUCUUGUGCAUGUCUACUCGUCUUGUGCAUGUCUACUCGUACAUGUAGCUUACAAGUAGUGUUUCACAACCUCAAUCAUGUUACUUUAAACUUCCUCUCACAUUUAUGAUUGUCAUACAGUCUAUAUCACAAUAUUAGAGUUAAGAACCUUGUUUUAUUUUUAUCACGAAUAUAUCUUGUAAAAUUGUACAUUUUUAUAAGUUUCCGACUAUUUUUAUUUUAAUAAACAUGCAAUGAGGGCAAAUGUUAAAUAUAUAUUCAGUAAUAAAUUGCAAAUGGCAACAGACAUACAAAUAUUUAAAGCAAUAAAAAUAUGGCCCAUUAAAAUGGAUAGACACAUAUCUCUGUAAUUCUAAGUUGGAUAUGAGCCUUUGGUAUGUUUUACAUGGCUAGGUAUUUCAACUGCUCCAACAUAAAUCAUUUGUAAACAGAUUUUCUUGACCUGACUCAGAUUUGAACUGGUGUGUGGUUUGCAAUAUUUCUGUCAUUGAUUACAAUAUAAACAAGUGAAUAUUGCCUGUCAUUGAUUACAAUAUAAACAAGUGAUUAUUGCCUGUCAUUGAUUUCAAUUCAAAAAAGUGAUUAUUGUCUGUCAUUGAUUACAAUAUGAACAAGUGAUUAUUGCCUGUCAUUGAUUACAAUAUGAACAAGUGAUUAUUGGCUGUCAUUGAUAACAAUAUAAACAAGUGAUUAUUGGCUGUCAUUGAUUGCAAUAUAGACAAGUGAUUAUUGCCUGUCAUUGAUUACAAUAUGAACAAGUGAUUAUUGGCUGUCAUUGAUUGCAAUAUAGACAAGUGAUUAUUGCCUGUCAUUGAUUACAAUAUGAACAAGUGAUUAUUGGCUGUCAUUGAUAACAAUAUAAACAAGUGAUUAUUGCCUGUCAUUGAUUACAAUAUGAACAAGUGAUUAUUGGCUGUCAUUGAUAACAAUAUAAACAAGUGAUUAUUGGCUGUCAUUGAUUGCAAUAUAGACAAGUGAUUAUUGCCUGUCAUUGAUUACAAUAUGAACAAGUGAUUAUUGGCUGUCAUUGAUAACAAUAUAAACAAGUGAUUAUUGGCUGUCAUUGAUUGCAAUACAAAAAGGGAUUAUUGCCUGUCAUUGAUUACAAUACAAACAAGUGAUUAUUGCCUGUCAUUGAUUACAAUACAAACACGUGAUUAUUGCCUGUCAUUGAUUACAAUACAAACACGUGAUUAUUGCCUGUCAUUGAUUACAAUAUACACAAGUGAUUAUUGCCUGUCAUUGAUUACAAUACAAACACGUGAUUAUUGCCUGUCAUUAAUUACAAUACAAAAAAAUGAUUGUUGCCUGUCAUUGAUUACAAUACAAAAAAGGAUUAUUGCCUGUCAUUAAUUACAAUACAAAAAAAUGAUUGUUGCCUGUCAUUGAUUACAAUACAAACAAGUGAUUAUUGCCUGUCAUUGAUUACAAUAUACACAAGUGAUUAUUUCCUGUCAUUGAUUACAAUAUAAACAAGUGAUGACUGCCCGUCAUUGAUUACAAUACAAUGAAGUGUUGGAUAUUGAUAGUGAUUAUUUUUAACUUGUAUAUGAUCAUGUUGAACAUUGUAUAUAUGAUAACAUUUGUACUUACUUUGUUGAAUAUAUGUGCAUAAUUGAUACCAUGCAUGUACGAUAAUAAACACAAAUAUAACUGUA